GCAUAUAUGCACUUAGUGACGUCCUUCCCAUUUUCUUCCUUGUACCACCACCAUGUCCACCACCCACACCGUUCAUGUAUCAGGCAUUGCCUCAACAACUACCGAGGCGAGCCUUCACGAUUUCUUUACCUUCUGUGGAACAAUCACCUCCAUCGAUUUCAGGGAUGCCGACAAGACUGCUGUUAUCCAGUUUGAGAAACCUUCAGCUGCAAAGACCGCUCUUAUGCUAAAUGGCGGUGCCUUGGACGGCGCCACCCUUACUGUCACUUCUGAUGUCCCGCCGCCUGAUGAAGAGGAAGAGCAUAAAGAAGGUACCCCUCUACAGCAAUCCGACAAACCUCGGGCCGGGAUUGCGGCGGAAUAUCUUGCAAAGGGAUACACCCUUUCUGAUCAGAUCCUGCAGCGCGCGAUUGAAAUCGAUAACAAACAAGGAAUUUCGAAACGUUUCCUAGAAUACAUCCAUUCCUUGGAUUCCAAACUCGGCGAGCGCACUCUCGGUCCCGACAAGACCAUUUCAGGCAAAGUCCAUGAGACGGUCACGGCUGCUGCCCAGCAGGCUAAAACUGUUGACGCCGAGAAAGGCAUCUCCAAGACUGCAGGAACGUACUACGAGAAGGCCCUGGCGUCGCCGUUUGGCAUCAAAGUCAAAGAGUUUUACACGACAACCUCAAAGCAGGUCCACGAUAUACACGAAGAGGCGCGUCGUAUCGCUGGUCAACAUAAAGCUUCCCCUGCUCCUGCUAGCAGCCCAGAACCCACGACUUCUACUUGAUUCAGGUUUACGCAACGAUAGACGAUAACAGGAUGUUUUGUAAUAGUAUCAACGACAGUAAUGUACAGUAUUGUGUAGCACUACAUAACAAAUACAAGACUCAGGCCCAGCAACCUCCUGAACAUCCGAAUAUUUCGGCC